AUGGCAGCUCCUGUGCCUCCAGGGGCACCUAGACAACAACCGCCUACUGGACCACCGCCGAAUUUUCAGCAGAAUCCAAAUGCCUUAGCUGACAAUUUUCAGAACAUGAACCUUAAUCGCCCGCCCAGUUCAAAUACUAGGCCACCUCCCUUCGGUCAGCCACCACCAUUCUCAUCCUCUUCGCCUGCAUCACCAAUGACGAGACCUGGUCCAUUCCCUUCCGGUGCAACUCUUAGGCCUGCCUCAGGAUCUCCAUCACCCACAUUGCCACCAAAUAUGGCCCCUGGUAGACCCAGCGGCCCACCAUUUGGCCAGCCUCCUCCAUUUGGUGCCAGACCUCCUCCUCCGGGGGCAUUCCCUUCUUCAAUGCCUCCCUCUGCUGGGUCUCCUCCUUAUGGAGCACCACCUCCGGUUACUCGUCCAUCUCCAGUUGCUUCUUCAUCUCCCGUGAACAUGGGGCCUUCUGGUGCUCCAAGUGGUUUUAUGAGUAAUGGGCCACCUGCACCCGCUUUCCAGGCUGGACAACGGUUUGCUCCUCCUGGUAGUUCUCAGCAUCAACCUCCCAUGGGUGCUCCUCCAGCUAUGGGGCCACCGGCACGUGGCCCUCCUCAAGCAGGGGCUAUGCGUCCUUUCAUGGGGAGUCCUGGAGCUGGUGCUUCGCAGGUACUUCCACCAUCAGGAAUGGGUCAAGCUGCACCUGCCUUUGGGGGACCACCUCAAGCGAUGUUGGGAUCUGUAGCUUCUCCUUAUGCACCACAGAUGCCUUCACAACCAGGGGUACCUCCAAUGCCAGGGUCUAUGCCACCACCUAGAAUGUAUGGAAUGCCACCACCAAUGCAGAAUCAAAUGACUGCUAUCUCACCUGUUAUUGGCCAAACUGGUGGUACACAGCCAGGGGCGUCAAAGAUUGAUCCCAAUCAAAUUCCAAGGCCAAUCCCAAGUUCAUCUGUCAUCUUGCAUGAUACUCGUCAGGGCAAUCAGGCCAACCCACCUCCGCCGGCAACGAGCGAUUACAUAGUUCGGGACACAGGGAAUUGUAGUCCACGCUACAUGAGGUGCACCAUUAAUCAGAUUCCGUGCACUGCUGAUCUUUUGACGACAUCUGGCAUGCAGCUGGCUUUAUUGGUCCAACCUUUAGCCCUUCCCCAUCCAUCUGAGGAGCCUAUCCAGAUUGUUGAUUUUGGAGAAGGUGGUCCCGUUCGUUGUUCUCGUUGCAAAGGCUAUAUAAAUCCUUUCAUGAAGUUCAUUGAUCAGGGGAGGCGUUUCAUCUGUAAUUUGUGCGGUUUCACUGAUGAAACACCUCGGGACUAUCAUUGCAAUUUAGGUCCUGAUGGUAGGCGUAGAGAUGCUGACGAAAGGCCUGAAUUGUGUAGGGGGACAGUUGAAUUUGUUGCGACAAAGGAAUAUAUGGUGCGUGAACCAAUGCCAGCUGUUUAUUUCUUCCUUAUUGAUGUGUCCAUGAAUGCCGUUCAAACUGGUGCAACUGCUGCAGCUUGCAGUUCAAUUAACCAAGUUAUUGGUGAUCUUCCGGAAGGGCCAAGGACAAUGGUUGGGAUUGCAACUUUUGAUUCAACCAUCCACUUCUACAACUUGAAACGUGCGCUACAGCAGCCACUAAUGCUGAUCGUUCCUGAUGUACAAGAUGUGUAUACCCCUUUGCAAACUGAUGUCAUUGUCUCAGUCUCUGAGUGCCGUCAACAUUUGGAACUGUUAUUGGAAAGUAUUCCAACCAUGUUUGAGAAUACUAGAACAUCUGAGUCAGCUUUUGGUGCAGCAAUCAAGGCAGCUUUCUUAGCAAUGAAGAGUACUGGAGGAAAGCUUAUGGUAUUUCAAUCAGUUUUGCCAUCCAUCGGCCUCGGAGCACUUGCUGCAAGAGAGGCUGAGGGAAGAAGCAAUGUCUCUGCUGGGGACAAGGAGGCUCAUAAAUUACUUCAGCCUGCUGACAAAACUCUGAAGGACAUGGCAGUUGAAUUUGCAGAAUAUCAGGUUUGUGUUGAUGUAUUCAUCACCACCAAGACAUACGUGGACAUUGCUUCUAUAUCUGUCAUCCCUAAAGUUACUGGAGGGCAGGUUUAUUAUUAUCAUCCAUUUUCAGUAGUUUCCGAUUCCGUAAAGCUUUGUAAUGAUCUUAGAUGGAACGUCUCAAGGCCUCAGGGAUUUGAGGCAGUUAUGCGAGUGAGGUGCAGCCAGGGAAUUCAAGUACAAGAAUACCAUGGAAACUUCUGCAAGCGAAUUCCAACUGACGUUGACUUACCUGGGAUUGAUUGUGAUAAAGCUAUAAUGGUGACUUUAAAACAUGAUGAUAAGUUGCAAGAUGGUGCAGAAUGUGCUUUCCAGUGUGCACUCCUAUACACUACUGUUUAUGGCGAAAGAAGAAUUCGUGUUACUACAUUAUCCUUGCCAUGCACAAGCAACUUGAGCAACUUGUUUCGAAUGGCUGACUUGGAUACUCAAUUUGUAUGUUUCCUGAAGCAAGCUGCACGUGAAGUUCCCAUCACCCCACCAUUGCACGUCCGUGAACAAGUUACGAACUUCUGUAUAAACAUUCUACUUUCAUAUCGGAAAUUUUGUGCGACAGUGUCAUCUUCAGGGCAACUUAUUCUUCCAGAAGCACUCAAACUGCUGCCUCUAUAUACUCUUGCCUUAAUCAAGAGUGCUGGUCUGAGAAUCGAAGGGAAGAUAGAUGAUCGCUCUUUCUGGAUCAAUUAUGUAUCAUCAGCUUCUACUCCUUCAGCAAUUCCACUGGUUUACCCAAGGAUGAUUGCUGUUCAUGACCUUGAUACACAGGAUGGGAAUGGUUCUAUUGUCCCUGCUCCACUUCCGCUAUCUAGUGAACAUGUCAACGAUGAAGGAAUUUAUCUACUGGAGAAUGGGCAAGAUUGCUUAAUAUAUGCCGGGAACUCGGUCAACCCUGACAUUAUGCAGCAAUUGCUUGGUGUUCCCUCAGCUGAUCAGGGGGGUGCCGAGUUCACCUUGCAGCAAUAUGACAAUCCAUUGUCAAAGAAGUUAAACGAGGUGGUAAAUGAGAUACGCCGACAGAGAUGUUCUUUCCUCAGGUUGAGGCUCUGCAGAAAGGGAGAUCAAUCAGGAAUGGCAUUCUUUUCGUACCUGAUCGAGGACAAAGUACCGACUGGUGGUCUCUCGUACGUGGAGUUCCUGGUGCAUAUCCAUCGGCAGAUCCAAAUGAAAAUGUCUUCCUAA